AGGGUGAAGUGUGUAAACAAAUUUUCGGAAAAAUAUAAAAAAAUCUGAUAAGAAUUGGGAAGAAUCACAUUGAACGAUAUAAAGUGUAAAUAAGAUGUUUUGAAACUAUCAAGUGCAUGCCGUCUCGUCCUUGAAAGUGAUUGUCAUGCUCUAUUCAUUCCUCGCAAGUUUAUAUGCAAGUUCAGAUUGAUAAAACUUGACAAAAUCCAACGCAACAUCCGAUGUGGAACGUCUAAGAUUCAAUAUAAACACAGUUGUUGUGAAGCGAGUAGAAAAAUGAGUGAUUCCACAAGCUCGGAUAGUUCUAGCAGUACGGGAUCAGAAAUUGAGGAAAUAUUCUUGCGAGCCUGCCGCAAUGGGGAUAUUCAGACUGUGACAUUGUUGCUCGAAAAAAGAGAUUCUGGCAAGUACGGAUUCGACGUGAGCUGCAAAGGGAAAUCAAAAAGCAACUUGGGAUGGACACCACUGCAUUUGGCAACGUAUUUUGGACAUCGUACCGUCAUGGAAGUGCUGUUAACUGCAGGUGCCGAUAUUAAUGCGAUUAACGAUAGCGGCGAUACGCCCCUGCACAAAGCAGCGUUUAUCGGCCGAGAGGACUUAGUUAUGCUACUACUACAACAUAAUGCCGAUGUAAAUAUAAUAAACGGAGAAGGCCGGCUUCCACGUGAUGUGACCCCAGCCAAUGAGGUUGGAAAAGAAAUUAGCAAACUCCUAAGAGCUGCAGAAGCUACCGAAAUGCUAAGGAAGGAAAGCAAACUCCUAACGGCUGCCAGGGAUGGUGAUAUCAAUACCUUGAAUGCUCUGCUCAAAGAUCAACAACCCCCAAACGUGAAUUGUGUGGAUGCCCAAGGUAAUUCAUGCCUUCACUGUGCAGCAUAUCGUGGCCAUAAAGAAACUGCAGUAUUAUUACUUCAAAAUGGUAUUGAUACUAAUAUUAGAAACAACCGAGGACAAUUGGCUCUGGAUUUAGCAAGAGACUCACAAACUCUUCAAGUGCUCAGUGUAAAAGCAGUAAGGCGGGUUCAAAAAACUGCAACACUUUUCGAGGGACCAUUACUGAAGAGAUCACGUUUUUUGGGGUGGAAACCAGUAUGGGCUGUUUUAGAACGAGGAGUUCUUAGUUAUUUUACCUCACGAGCUGACUCCACGUUAAGUGAAAAUAAACGCCGAGAUUACAAGUAUUUAGAUAGUGCAAGAGUAACCCCGUUGACAACAGAUUUAUCAUCGUUCGUGGUACAUUUCAAUGAUGGCGCCGUACAUCGGUUAAGUGUUAUUAGUAAUAGAGAUGUUUCUCCUCAGGUUGAAAGACAGAAAUGGGUAAAUGCUUUCCAAGAGCAUGCAGCGUACAGUGCUCAUUACUUGUGGGGAUUAGAAAAAAGAAAGUCUGAAAGUGAUGAUGAUUUUACGGCGAUUGCAAAACCCCUGGGUUGUAUGGCUGAUGCAUUAUCAUCAGCAACGGCAAGUUAUGAGGUCUUGCAACGACAACUAGGGGAAUGUGCCACUAUAAUAGAAGCUUUGCAGAAAAGUUUUGACUGCAAAGAUGACUCACCAAAUCUUCCAACUUCCGCUCUGAUGGUAGGGAAUUUCGGUUUGGCUUAUUUGCGCUUCCAAUUAGUUUCCGAAACUGCAGCCAAUAUGUUAGCUUCCUUACAGCAUUGCCUUACACUGUUCCAUCAACAAGAAGAUGUUCGAGUUCUACAGUUGAAACAGGAGCAAGAAAAAUGUCGAGUAUUAGAAGAAGCGCUGAAUGUAUUAGCAAAGGAGCAUCAUGAGCUCGAACAAUCGGUAGCAUCUCACAUAUCAGAAGGAGGACGCAAUUUAAACCCCAAGUCACCGCGAAUCUACGAUACAGAUGACGAUGAAUUUUAUGAUGCGUACGAAGCGGAUUCUGAUACCGAUACUCUAGUCACAGCUGAAUCUUUAUUCAACUCACCAUCAGAAUCGUUACAAGACCUAAAUUCAGUGAGCGUUCAAUCAUAUGAGCCUCUACUUCAGUCCAUAACAUACUGUAAAAGAUCGGCGAGGAAGCAAUCGACCGAUUCUAAUUCGUCUUCCGGAAGUAGUGAUACACUUGUCGAUGGAGUUUCAAUGGUAUCAUCAUGCGCCACGUUGAUAUCGACCGGUGGAUCUGCAUAUAAAUGUGCCAAAGAUCAAUCGCUUCCUGUCCAAGAGGAUGACAGUCUCUGUGAAAGCUUUAAGGAUAUGAGUGAAACGUUGAGCAAAUGUGAACCUUUUCGAAAUAGGACGUCACUUCCAGUUCCCAUGUUCUCUCGAAAUGACUUCAGUAUUUGGUCUGUUUUAAAGAAUUGUAUUGGCAAAGAAUUAAGUAAAAUCACGAUGCCUGUUAUUUUCAAUGAGCCAUUAAGUUUCUUACAACGGAUGUGCGAAUACAUGGAGUAUGCUAAGUUAAUUCGUUUGGCUUCAGAACAGGAGGACCCCGUGGAGCGUAUGAAAUAUAUAGCAGGAUUUGCUGUUUCUGCCCUCGGAUCGAACUGGGAACGUUUGGGAAAGCCAUUUAAUCCACUUUUGGGCGAAACGUUUGAGUUGCAGCGUUCGGAAUACCGUGUCGUUUGCGAACAGGUAUCGCAUCAUCCGCCCGUAUCGGCAUUCCAUGCUGAUUCCCCAAGCUUCUUGUUCCAUGGAUCAAUUCAUCCAAAAUUGAAGUUUUGGGGCAAAAGCGUUGAAAUUCAACCCAAAGGAAUUGUUACAUUAGAACUUCCAAAGUGGGGAGAAGCCUACACUUGGUCCAAUGUAAACUGCUGUGUUCAUAAUAUAAUAGUUGGUAAGUUGUGGAUGGAACAAUAUGGGACAAUGGAGGUUGUGAAUCAUACCACCGGUCACAAAGCAAUCUUAACAUUUAAGCCAGCUGGCUGGGCAUCGAAGGAUUUGCACCGAGUGGAAGGCUUCAUUACAGAUAAGAAUAAGAAAAAGUUACAUUUCCUCUAUGGCAAAUGGACUGAAUUUAUAAAAUGUACCGAUAUUGAUUCGUACGAGGAAUAUAUGAAAGAGAAUGCGCACAAGUUCCGCAAGGGUGAUGAGAAAGUGAAAAGCCCGAACGACUCACCCGCUCAUACUCCAAGAAAAGUAUUUUCCAAGUUAAAUAGUCUGAAGAUGAGUUCAUUUAAAAGUCUUUCCAUACAAGAUUCAGAAGACAUUCCAGAACCGCCAGAGGGUGAGAUACCGAAAUGUGAUUCAACGUAUUCCAUUGACAUUCCACAUUCAGUAACAGUAUGGGAAGCCGAACAACGCCCACCAAAUACGGCAGAGUAUUAUCAAUUCACAUUGUUUGCAAUGUCUUUGAAUGAGAUUGAGCCUGGAAUGGAACCACCAAAAACACUAUGUCCAACUGAUUCACGUCUUCGACCAGAUAUACGCAAAUUAGAGGCUGGUGACAUUGAUGGGGCAGCGGCAGAAAAAACCCGAUUAGAAGAAAAACAAAGAGAGUCUCGAAAACUUCGUAAGAAUAAAAAGGGAGAUGAGUGGACACCAAGAUGGUUCCGUUUAGGAACGAACCCAUACACACAUCAAGAAGAUUGGCUUUACAGCGGUGGCUAUUGGGAUCGUAACUAUACUGAUCUUGAUAUUUUCUAAGUCAUUCGCAAAAUUAAAAUAAUGCAACGCAUAUCGCAGAUUAUUCGCAAUUAUUGACAAAUGCAUAACAUCACGAAACCGCUACAGUUGAAUAAAGUAUUAUUUUAAAAGACAAUUGUGAAGAAAACUACAAAUAAGCGUUAAACCACUAUAUCCAAUAUUGUUAGUAUAAUCGAAUAUUAAAGCAAUAAUGGGAUGUGUGUUUUCAAGAUAAUUGUUUUUGUAUAGAAAAUACAUAACCGCCGUUCGACCGGCAACAAAUCUCACUUGAAAAGUUCCAAAACAGUUGGUUCACGAAUUUUGUUUAUAAAAUAGAUUCAAUUAAAUGUUUUUGUUUAUAUUCCUACCCUAAAAUGAUAAAGACGCUUAUUACUCCUUUGUUAAGUAUUCAAAGUUGCAAUAAAUUUCCAUAUCAAUUGUUUGUAGAUGCUUUACAAAGUAGAAUAAAAUGUUAUCUUUUAUGAUAUGCUGAAGAGUGAGUUUUCUAUUUUACUCUUUUGAGAUUCGCUGAAGCGUUAAACGUAAUUAUCAGGCAUCCUUUUUGAACUAUCGAAGGAUAGAUAUUAUUACACAAGUCGGUGGAUAUUAGACUCUAUCCUAAUAAUACGAAUGAAUUCUAGUCUUUUAUAUCAAAUUCCAGAAGAAUUUUGUAGAAAGCUUAAACUUAUAAAUUAAUUUAACUUACUGCUUCUGAAACAUUCCCCUGAACAAAUACUUUUCCAAUUUUUUUUAACCACAAAUAUAAUUAGGAGGUUGUUUGUUAGCCGGAGUCUUAAAAUGAAAGAUUGUCUUGGAAGAUAUUUUUCUGGUUUAUUGGCUAAAAGUAUCUAAUUUAAACAAAUGCGUAUUUGGGGGCUCAACUGUCUCCUUUUUCAGUGUUUUUAGAUAAUAAAAACCAACAAAACGGAAAAAUAUCUUCCAAGGCAAUCUUUCACAAAUAUAAGUUUCGAAAAUUCCUGUUUCAUUGCUUAUAGUAUUGAUUGAGUUGAUUCACAAAUUGAAUAAUUUUUCUACGAUAAAUAGAGGCGCUAGCAUUUGUUAUUGAAUCCCAAUCAAGAGAAUGCCUAUCACCUUUAUUUUAAAUUUAGAUAUCUUUCAACUGAGGAACACAUCCAAAACUGCACAUCGAAUUAUAUAUUAGCCUGAAAGAAAUUUGAAGAAAUGAUUUGCUUUUUUGAACUUUUGCAUAGAACCGAGUCAAUUUAUAAAACAAUAAAAAAGUGUAUAGUACCCGCCGUUGAAAUUUUUGACCGACAUAGACGCCUCAGAAACAUUCAAAUUACUUUAUUAUUUUCUGCGAUCUUGUCAAUAAUCGGCGUUAUCAAUUUCAAUUUCAGUCCGUAAGUAUUCCACUAUAUAGAAUAGACCUAUUCGGAGUCGUUUUCCUUAAAUAUGUUUUGAAGGAUCGCGAUAUUUUUCACCCGAGAAUAGCAGAUAUGGUUUUAAAACAGAAGCGAAAAUCGAACAAAAAUAAAUCAGUGACUUUUUACUGAAAUAAUUCCAGAUAGAAGUGGCGUUGACCAACGGGAGGCAACCUUGAUGUAUUGCAAAUCUACAGUCCUUUAUAUAUUGCAAGCCCUUAACACAAACAAAAGUUAGAAUUAUUCUCAAAGUUUGGUGUCGUGAAUAACCGAAAAAAUGAUGUCUUCAGAAACAAACUUACACAUGGGAGAAAGUGUUAAUUUCACAUAGAUAUAUGAUUAUAUCCUUCAAAAUAUAAUUAGUUCCUUAUGUAACUUCCGCGUUGCUUUUGACCAAGUACUGAUUACUACUUUCCAUCCAAGAUUAGACAAUUAAACCAGCUUUCGAGAAUGUAUUAUCCAUUAUUAUUCAGUUUUUAUACUGAAUCAUAAUUUGCUUUAAGAAAUUAAAAAUAGCAUGUGAGCAUUGAAAAAAUAAUGCAAUCAUAACAGCUUUCAUAAAACCAUGAAAUCUUCAAUUAAAAAAUGUGAUCUUUAUUAUUGAAAACACAGCAUAAAACAAAGAAUUAUUCCAACAACACAAACAACGUACGACACAAUCAGUUUGAUAGAAACUACACAACCACUGAGGGAAUAUAAAUGUCUGUAAUUAAGAAAUAUAAGAAAAACAAAUCUUUAUUACUCAAGCAUUGUGUAUGCAUGCCAAAAACUAUACUGUAGAAACUGUAUAAUAACGUUAGAGAAAUUUUAAUUAGAAAAAAUAUUUUCGACAUGUUUGGCAAGUAGUGAAAAAAAAACAAAUAAAUGGAAGUAUUAUCGAUCAAAGAUCAUAGAAAAAGUUAAAAAGUUGUAGAAACGUGUAGAAAACAUAAGAGAAAAAGCGCAUGCAUAUAAUGAUUGUAUAUUGUAGUAAUGUUUCGGACCAUCUUUAUUUACUACAUUAUAAUGUACACCUUAAAAUUCUUAACAAUUGCAACACGAAGUUAAUAAAAGAAAAAAAACUGAACGUGCUAGCUGAUUUACAUAGCUUCUAUUAUAUACAUUAAAAUGUCUAAAAGAAAUCUGAAAGAGAAGGAGAUUUUCUGGGAAAUGCAAAAUAACAAAAAUAUAUUUUUAUUCACAUUUUAAUUUUGAGAGCAAAUACACAAUAACUAUUUCAUAUAAAUUGUUACCUAAAUUAUAGUGACCAUUGAUAUGAAAGGAAUGACUUGUAUGAUAUUUGUAAUUUUUGAGCUAUAAAACAAUAUAUUGUUGUAAAUAAGGGAAUUAUGAAUAAUAAAUUAUUUGACAUUUAAUGCAAAAA